AACUUUUAAAAGAAUAGGCAUGAAGUGAAAAGAUGUUAUUGUUUGGGCAAAUAAAAAAGAUUUGAUUGCAGUGAAUCAGUGGAUGUAAGUCCCGGCGUUUGGGAUUUGAAUAGAGUAUUUGGGAGAAAAGAAAAGAGGCGUGGGAUGUAUGUAUCUGUAUGAUGUUUUGUAGGGGAUUCAAAGAGGGAAUUCAGAAUUGGAUUAGGGAUUACGAUAGGCUUCAAUUUUUGGCUGUCAUCCUUCUUUACAUUCAGAUUGGAUGCUCUCUCAUUGGAUCGCUGGGAGCAUUGUACAACGGAGUGCUGCUCGUUAAUCUCGGAAUUGCACUCUUCGCCUUGGUGGCCAUCGAAAGCAGCAGUCAGAGUUUGGGACGUGCCUACGCUGUGCUUCUCUUCUGUGCCAUUUUGCUCGACGUUUCUUGGUUCUUUCUCUUCGCUCACCGCAUUUGGACCAUUUCUUCCGACAACAACUAUGGACCCUUCUUUAUGUUCUCCCUCAAACUCACUCUUGCUAUGCAAUCUGUUGGCUUUUGUGUGCGCUUUUCCUCCUCCUUACUCUGGAUUCAGAUUUACAGGCUGGGGGUUUCGUAUGCUGAUACUCGAGAGCCUGAUUAUGAUUUACGAAAUAGUUUCCUUAGCCCUGUAGCCCCACCCGCCAUCCCUACAGAUUGCUCUGAUUCUGGUCUUGCUUUAGGGGGCUCCAUUUAUGAUCCUGCUUAUUUCUCUUCUCUCUUUGAAGAUGGCCGCAACACUACAUAUUUUGCUGCGAACCAAAAUUCCAGUAUUGUUGACAAUGGCUCGACUUCUAGUGCUGAAGCUUCUCAACUAAAGCUGUCCAUGAACAGAUCUUUUCAGACCAUAAAUCGAGUCUUUUAAUCGGCAAGAGGCGGACACUUAAUAAUAUUUUAACACUCAUUCCACACUUUGUGUAUUUUGGGUUUUUAUGUAUGGGGAAGCAGUUUGUUGAUGCAUAAUUUGCAAUUAAACACGCUGUUAAAGCAGCUAUUUUAGAGGCCUCUUGGUUGCAUCAGCAACAUGAUCGUAUUUGUAGAUUCGUACGUUAUAGCAUAGGUGUCUAUAGUUCUACUUGUUCCUGACAUUUUAGUUUGAAACUUAAAUUAUAUUUCUGCUGCUUCUGUAAAAAGAUUAAGAUGUUGUUCCUGGUUAAUAUAAGUUGCAUGGGUGCUGCACACCUUAGAAGCUGUAUUCGAGUGAUUGUAUGCCUGGGAAAACCAGAUUCUUUUGUUUAUAAAUUAUGAAUUGUGGAAAAAGAAAGCAUUAAGCAGUUA